AUGAGUUGGAAUACUAAUAACCUUGAAGAAGGUGAAGUUAAACCAGUUGAUUCCACUCCUGUAUGGGGUGGUGAAUAAAAUAAUGGUGGAUGUUAAAUAGAUGAAGUGAAAAAAACUUAAGAGCCUUAAUGGGGGCAGGAUGAGAAAAAGGAAAAUAAAGAAAGCAAUGAUUAAAAUGGAACAGCAGCAGAAUCAGGAGGUUGGGGAAACCAAUAAUAGUAGCAAUCAUCCUCUUGGGGAGAAGCUAAAGCAGAUAAUAAUGAUAAUGCUUGGGGAUCAGGAACCACAGGGUUUGGAAGUACAUCAACAGGAGAUAAUGGAGGUUCAUCUUGGGGAGGCGGUUCAACAUCUUGGGGAAAUGGAGGAAGUUCAGAUAAUAAUUUUUAAUCAGAUCGACCAAGAGGUAGAGGAAGAGGAGACAGAGGAGAUAGAGGAGGUGGUUUUAGAGGCAGAGGUGAUAGAGGAGAUGGAUUUAGAGGUAGAGGAGAUGGAUUUAGAGGAAGAGGAGACAGAGGAGAUAGAGGAGGAUUUAGAGGAAGAGGUGACAGAGGAGGAGACAGAGGAGAUAGAAGAGGAGGCUUUAGAGGUGGAAGAGAUAAUGGUGGAAGCUGGGGUGGCAACUCAAAUAACAAUAAUGGAGGAGGAAAUAGUUGGGGAGGUAAUUAAGAAGGUAACUCUUGGGGAAAUUCAGACAAUAAAGAUAAUGCUGGAGGAGGUUGGGGAAGUACUUCAACUAAUGAAUAACCAGCUCAAUCAGGUGGAUGGGGUAGUACUACAACAGAGCAACCAGCAUAAUCUGGAGGUUGGGGAAAUUCUACUGAAUAACCGGUUCAAUAAGCAUCUGAAAGUUGGGGUAGUAAAACAGAAAAACCACCAUAAUAAGCAGAAUCAAAUUAAGGUGGAUGGGGAACUACAACUGAAUAACCAAGCUAAUAAUCUGGUGGUUGGGGAUCUACAACUGAAUAACCAGCAAAACAAUCCAACGGAUGGGGAAAUUCUACAGAAGAAUAACAACCCUAAUCAUCUGGAGGUUGGGGAGCAUCAAAUCCAGAAUAACCUCCAUAAUCAUCAGGAACUUGGGGAUCCUCUACAACUGAAUAAACAUAAUAAUAAGGUGGUUGGGGUUCUACAACACAGGAAUAACCUUAAUCUGGAGGUUGGGGAUCUACAACUGAUUAAGCAACAUCUUCAGGUGGAGGCUGGGGAGGUUCAUCAGAUCAAUAAAAUGGAAACUCUUGGGGUGGAGGAGGAUCUGGUGAUGGACAGAGAGGAAGAGGUCGAGGAAGAGGAGACCGCGGAGAUAGAGGAGGUUUCAGAGGUAGAGGAGAUGGUUUUAGAGGAAGAGGAGAUAGAGGAGGAGAAGGUUUUAGAGGAAGAGGAGAUCGAGGUGGAGGAGAAGGAUUUAGAGGAAGGGGCGAUAGAGGAGGAUUUAGAGGAAGAGGAGAUAGAGGAGACAGAAGAGGUGGAUUUAGAGGAGGCAGAGACAAUGAUAAUUAAGGUAAUGGAGGAAGUUGGGGAGGAUCAUCAAAUGAUUAAGGUGGUGGAGGAUGGGGAUCUUCUGUAACUGAAUAACCUGCAUCUAAUGGAGGUUGGGGAUCUUCUACAACUGAAUAACCUUAAUCAAGUGGAGGUUGGGGAUCUACUGCUACUGAACAACCAGCUUAAACUGGAGGAUGGGGAGCUACUGCUACUGAACAACCAGCUUAAACUGGAGGAUGGGGAGCUUCUACAACAACUGAAUAACCAGCUUAAAAUGGCGGAUAAAUUGCAACUGAAUAACCUUAAUCAAGCGGAGGUUGGGGAUCUACUGCUACUGAGUAGCCAGUUUAAAAUGGAGGAUGGGGAUCUACUGCUACUGAACAACCAGCCUAAAGUGGCGGCUGGGGCAGCUCUGAUGCUCCAUAAUAAUCUAAUGGUGGUUGGGGAAGUAGUAAUAACGAUUAAUAAUAAUCUAAUGGAUGGGGCUCGAAUAAUCACUAAUCAAAUGGAAAUGGCGAAAGAGGAAGAGGUCGUGGUAGAGGAAGAGGUCGAGGUGGUGAUAGAGGCGGAGAUAGAGGAUUUGAUAGAAACAACAACAAUAAUAAUAAUAAUGAAAAUGGUGGAGGAGGAGAUUUUCCUACUUCAAAAAGAGUCAAACCGAACCCUGUAGUAAUUACAAUAUCAGAUGAUGAAAAUGGUUAAGCUUCUCCUCAUUUCAGUGAGGAUGAGUAAGAAAAAGUAAAUAUUAUUAACGAAGUUUUGAAAUAAACAGUUGAUGCCAAGUAAGUUACAUUGUAACUCCCUGCAUUAGAUACUAAAUUUUCUCCUCUUUUUAAUCCUGAACCUGAUCCAGAUAGCUUAAAAACUGAUAAUUUAUGCCAUCUCAAGGGAGGUCUUUAUCCUCACGAAUAGCAUAAAAAGGUGAAAUUUGUAUACACAGGAGGUAUAAAAGUAGAUUCACAAAGACAACCUGUUGUAAAUUUAGUUACUUUUGAUAAUGAUUUAGAAUUUAUUGAAUCUUGUCCUAAAGUGGAUUUAGCUGAAAAAUAAGGAAUAGAAACUGUGUUUUUGAGUCCAUUAAUUAAUGAAUAUAGAAUUUUAAAAAAUGAAUUAGUUUAAUUGAGACAAGAGGAGAGAAGAACAUAAAUAAGGAGAUAAUAUAUGGGAAUAGUGGAAGGAAUUGAUAAAGAAAAUUAAGAUUUAAUUAGUUAAGUUGGAUUAGCUUUAUUGAAAGAUUAGAAAGCAAUAAGAUUGAAAUAUGGAUUCUUAUUUGCUGAAUUAACACUAUUUCAUAUAAAAUAGAUAUUUGGAAAUAUGGAUUAAGUAGAACAUUAAUCAUUGUAGGCUAGAGAGAAAGAAUUGAGGCCAUCUAAUGUAGUUUUUAUAGUAUCCAUAACUUAGAAAUGGUUGAAUGAUGUGCCAAAAUUGAAAUGCAGAAGAAGAAAAGAGUUGUUAUGA